AUGGUGUCCACAAAGACCGUUCCCAGGCCAUGGGGUCUGCCGCUCAUCGGCAACGUACCGAGCAUAGACAUGGGCUACCCUCUUGGAAGUCUGAAUAGCCUCGCAGAUCGUUACGUAGGAGAAAUAUACCAGCUGAACCUCAUCGGCAAGGAGGCGCUCUUCAUUUCAACCCACAAGCUCUUUGCCGAAGUCUGCGACGAGACACGAUUUCAGAAGCAUCUUCUAGCACCGUUGGUGCAAUUGCGGAAUGUCGUCGGUGAUGGACUGUUUACAGCCUUCCCUGGUGAAACGAAUUGGGAGAUCGCCCAUCGCACACUCAUGCCAGCAUUCGGUCCUCUUCCGAUCCAGUCCAUGUUUGCAGAACAGCACGACAUCGCUUCGCAAUUAGUGCUCAAGUGGGCGAGAUUCGGUCCCGAUCAUGACAUUGCAGUCACUGAUGACUUCACGCGGUUGACCCUGGAUACCAUUCCGCUCUGCUCGAUGGAUAUGAGAUUCAACUCUUUCUAUCAUGACGAUCUACAUCCAUUCGUAGACGCCAUGGUCGGCGUUCUCGCAGCGGCCGGCGACCGAGCAAGGAGACCCGAUGUCGCCGACUACGUGCUCCGAGCGCAACGAGCAAAGUUCGACAAGGACAUCGCUUACUUGCGAAAGCUGUCGACGGAACUUGUCGCACGACGUCGUGAGAAGGGAACUCAGAAGAAGGACUUGCUGAACGCCUUACUGAACAAUAAAGAUCCCAAGCUUGGCGUUGGAAUGACCGACGACUCCAUCGUGGACAACAUGGUAACGUUUCUCGUGGCCGGCCAUGAAACCACCUCUGGACUGCUGUCUUUCCUGUUCUACGAGCUCACUUCAAGUCCGGAGGCCUACAAGAAAGCACAGCAAGAAGUUGACGAGGUCGUGGGCUCCGGCGCAGUCAACGUCGGCCAUCUUUCGAAAUUGCCAUAUCUCACAGCUUGCCUUCGAGAGACACUUCGCCUGCAUUCGACCGCACCAGCCAUCUCAGUCACGGCAUUGAAGGACGAUAUAAUUGGUGGUCAGUAUGCUGUCAAGAAAGGACAAGGCAUCAACUGUCUGCUAGCAAAGAUCCAGUCCGAUCCAGCAGUCUGGGGCACUGACGCCAGCGAGUUCAAGCCGGAAAGAAUGCUGGAUGAGAUAUUCAACAAGUUGCCAGCACAUGCUUGGAAACCCUUCGGUAAUGGAGUUCGAGGGUGCAUCGGAAGAGCAUUCGCAUGGCAGGAGGCUUUACUGACAGUCGCCUUAUUGUUGCAAAUCUUCAACUUCCGGAAGACCGAUCCAUCUUACAAGCUGGAAGUCGCGAUGACGUUGACCAUCAAGCCCAAGAACUUCACGAUGCGUGCUACUAUGCGGGAUCCGAGUAUUCUGGAGCGACUGGGCGCGGUGUCAGUUUCCGGUGAAGUUUCGUCAGCAAAAGCCACGACUCAACAUGCGAGAACAUCUUCGCUGGCUGCAGUCGAGAGCGCUGGCACGACGAUCAAUAUCUUGUAUGGCAGCAACACCGGGACGUGUGAGUCACUCGCAUCAUCGCUCGGAUCCACUGCCAAGUCAAGAGGCUACAAGGCAUAUGUGGACACGCUCGACAACGGAAUGUCUUCCAUAUCUGCGGACAAGCCGACAGUCAUCAUCACCGCAAGUUAUGAAGGGCAGCCUCCGGACAAUGCGAUGAAGUUCUCCAAAUGGCUGAACUCUGAUGAAAGUUCGAGCUUGGCGAAGAGCAAAUAUGCCGUUUUUGGUGUGGGCAACAGGGAGUGGGUAACGACGUAUCAGCGACAGCCCAAGCUCAUUGACGAAGUGAUGGGUCAAAAGGGAGCCGAGAGCCUUGUCGAUCGUGGUAUUGCCGAUGUCUGUGACGGCGAUAUCUUCAACGCUUUCGACAGAUGGACCGACGAGAAACUCUGGCCAGCAGUCGACGCCGCUUUCAGCGCAGGCAAAUCAGCCGCAUCCUCGGACGAAGGCCUCAGCAUCACCGUCGACACCGAAUCUCGCGUCAAACAACUACGACAAGAUGUCCAAGCAGCAGUCGUCCAAGACGUGAAACUGCUCACAGCACCUGGCAAACCCGCGAAACGGCACAUUCAACUCAAGCUCCCUCCCGGCACGGACUACAAAGCCGGCGACUACCUCACCGUGCUACCCGUCAACCCCGAACCCUCCGUUCGCCGUGCCAUGGCUCGCUUCAAACUCACCUGGGACGCCACCAUAACCAUCGACAGCAGUUCCCAAACAACCAUCCCCACUGGUCGACCAAUCUCAGCCUUCGACGUCUUCGCAUCCUACGUCGAACUAGGUCAACCCGCGACCGACAAGCAAAUCUCCCAACUCGCUUCCACCAUCCCAGACGAAAAGGAUCGCCAGUCCCUUACCAACACUUCUCUCAAACCCGCCGCGAAAACCAAAACCCCUUCCCUCCUCGAACUCCUCGAAACCUACCCCACAGCGACCUAUACACUCUCCCAAUUCCUUGCCGCCGUUCCCAGCAUGCGCACAAGGCAAUACAGCAUCUCCUCCUCCCCACUUGUUGACCCCGGCUCCGCAUCUCUCACUUACUCCGUGCUCGACGCUCCCGCCAACCCCGCCUCCCCAGCCGACGGCAAACGCUUCCUAGGAGUCGCCUCGAAUUACAUGGCACGCGCACAACCAGGCGAUCACAUCCAAGUCGCCCUCCGACCAAGCCACGCAGGUUUCCACCUCCCCUCAGACGACAGCAAACCCGUACUCAUGGCCUGCGCCGGCACCGGACUCGCGCCCUUCCGCGCCUUCGUCGAAGAACGCGCCGUCAAAAUCGCAGCCGGCAAGAACCUCGGUCCAGCAAUCCUCUUCUUCGGCUGCAACGCCCCCGACGAAGACGACAUGUACCGCUCUGAAUUCGACGCCUGGACGAAAUCCGGGGCCGUGGAUGUCCGCAGAGCGUACACUUUCGCGCCGGAGAAGAGUGAGGGGUGUAAAUUCGUGCAGCAUCGGGUGUGGCAUGAUCGCAAGGAGAUGGUGGAGUUGAUCCAGAAGGAUGCGUGUAUGUAUAUUUGUGGAGCGGGUGUGGUGGGUGCGGCGUUGGUGGAUGUUGUGCAGAGGAUUUAUGUGGAGUAUAAGGGGUGCACGGAGGAGGAGGCGAAGAAGUGGUUUGAGGGGUUGAGGGGUGAGAGGUAUUGGAGUGAUAUCUUUUCGUAG